AUGGAGCGGCUGCUUCUCUGCCUGCUGCUGUGUGCAGCUCUGUCGAAGGGUUACAGCUGCCCCGGCCGCUGCACCUGCCAGCACCUCUCCCCCACUCUGACUCUGCUCUGCGCUAAGACCGGCCUGCUGUUCGUGCCCCCCACCAUCGACCGCAAGACCGUCGAGCUGCGGCUCACGGACAACUUCAUCACCGUCAUCCGCAGGAAAGACUUCUUCAACAUGACUAGUUUGGUCCACCUCACCCUGUCCCGCAACACCAUCAGCCAGAUCAGCCCCCACGCCUUUCUGGGCCUGCGGUCCCUGCGGGCGCUCCACAUGGACGGGAACCGCCUCAGUGCGAUAAAGAGCGACCACUUCAAGGGCCUCAUCAACCUGAGGCACCUCAUCCUCGGAAACAACCAGAUCCACCAAGUGGCCCCCACCUCCUUCGACGAGUUUGUUGUGACCGUAGAGGACUUGGAUCUUUCCAACAACAACCUGCGCACCCUUCCCUGGGAGGCCGUAGCCAGGAUGACCAACAUUAACACGCUCACCCUGGAUCACAACCUGAUUGAUCACAUUGGAGCGGGGACUUUUACCCUGCUCACCAAGCUGGUGCGCCUGGACAUGACCUCCAACAGGCUGCAGAAGCUGCCGCCAGACAGCUUGUUCCAGCACGCCCAGGUGCUGUCCGACGCCAAGAGCUCCAGCUCGUCCGCCCUGGCUGUGAGCUUCGGCGGGAACCCUCUCCACUGUAACUGUGAGCUGCUGUGGCUCCGCAGGCUGACGAGAGAGGACGACCUGGAGACCUGCGCCUCGCCGGAUCACCUCAUGGACAAAUACUUCUGGUCCAUCCAAGAGGAGGAGUUCAUCUGCGAGCCCCCGCUGAUCACCAAACAUCUCACCACCAAGCCCUACGUGAUGGAGGGCCAGGGUGUGACGCUGAAGUGUAAAGCCGUGGGUGAUCCCGACCCAGAGAUUCACUGGCGGUCACCAGACGGCAAGCUGGUGCAUAAUAACUCCCGUACCAUCCUGUAUGAUAAUGGCACCCUUGAUAUUCUCAUCACCACGCUGAAGGACAGUGGUGCAUUUAAUUGUGUGGCGUCCAACGCCGCGGGCAUCGCCACAGCUGCCGUCGAGAUCAACAUGAUCCCCUUACCCUUGUUUGUGAACAACACGGGCCACAUGCGCGAGGACCCCGGCCUCUCGGACAUCACCACCUCCUCCAAAUCUGGCAACGACACCAAGGGCUACGACAAGCAGGACAGGAGGGUGAUGGUCGCCGAGCUGACCUCCUCCUCCGCUGUAAUCCGCUGGCCGUCUGAGCGACACAUCCCCGGCAUCAGGAUGUACCAGAUUCAGUACAACAGCUCGGCAGAUGAUACUCUGGUGUACAGAAUGAUCCCAUCCACCAGCAAGAACUUCUUAAUCAACGAUCUGGCCGCCGGACGGGAGUAUGACCUUUGUGUGCUGGCGGUUUAUGACGACGGCAUCACAUCCUUAACAGCCACACGUGUGGUUGGCUGCGUGCAGUUCCACACAGCCAGUGAGGUCAGCCAGUGCCGCUUCAUGCACAGCCAGUUCCUGGGAGGCACCAUGAUCAUCAUUAUCGGUGGUAUAAUUGUUGCUUCGGUGCUGGUGUUCAUCGUCAUCCUGAUGAUCCGUUACAAGGCCUACAGCAGCCCGGAGGACAGCAAGACCAAGGUCAGCUCCAGCAUGCACUCCCAGACCAAUGGCAGCCAGCAGCGGCUCCAGCGCUCCGUCUCCAAGCAGCCGUCGGAUGAGGGCCAGCGUGAGGCCCAGGUGCACAAAGAGUGCAUGGCGCUGGUGCUGAGGGUGGACAGUGGCAAGAAGGAGGAGCCAGCCGCCACUACUGCCAUCCUGGAGGUGGAGCUGCCUCCAAUGAGUGUAGACAAGCUGAAGAGAAGAACCAGCCUGGACGCACAGUGCUGUGGCCCCCCGUCUGAGGACACGCAGACAGACAGUAGCCUGACAGGCUCCACCAUGUCCCUGUGUCUCAUUGGUCCCAGCGCCGGCACCAAGGAGGCUCCCAGGCUCAAGGACAAGAAAAGUGCCCUGGCUAACAUGGGUUUGCUUCCCAACGAGCUGGCACGAACUAGGCAUAGGUUCUCUUUUGACGGUGGGGAUUACUCCAUAUUUCAGAGUCAUAGUUACCCGCGCAGAGCGAGGACGAGGUGGCACAAGUCCACCAACCAGCUGGACAUGGAGUCGUCUCCGCUCGCCAACCGGAGAGUUACGUUCAGCAGCACUGAGUGGAUGCUCGAGAGCACAGUCUGAGGAAACCAGUGUCGCUGAAGCGCGGCUCGGCCACGCACGCAGACACACACGUGUAAAAACACACAAACAUAAACCUACAUGCCAUAUGAUGCACUCUUUUUCCUGCACACAGCGAACGAUAAACACAAGCACAUUUACUUACACGUGAAAACUUUCUGUGAGUUGCUGGAGAAGAACAGUCUCCCCUCAUCCUGCCUCCCCAUCAUACUCCCAGAGAGGUUUGUCGGCCAUGUCCUUUCUUUAUGCAGCAGUGCCUUAUUCUAAAAGAUGUACGAAUGGAGGACGCUGCUCACUGUAGUCAUAAACUUUCCUCUCUUAUCAUCGCCUCCCGCCGUGAUAAUGGGGGCGCGUUACUUUGGAUUUAUAAUUUUCUCCUUUUUCUGUGACAUGCCAAGGGGGUGUGGCGUUUGGAUGUAUGUAACUGUUUAAUUGUUUAAAAACAGAAAAAAAAAAAAAAAAACUCAUCAUAACUGUAAAGUGAACAGCCAGGUAUCCUGUUAUGUCAAUCAUGUUUUGGGUUCUUUCAAAAAACAACAACUAAAAAAAAACUUUUGCACAGAAGACACGAGAUACGAGGACAAGUAUCAACCACCAGUCUAUAGAAUAAUAAUAAUAAUAAUAAUAAUGAAAAAAGAAGAAGAGAAUUUUACACAUGCCAGUUUCUAACGUUAGCGCAGAGAGGACGGACCUGGAGAGCUGCCAUGGAUUCCUCUCCGGCUGUGGGACUAUAUGAUGUUUAAUAGGUAUUGUUCCAGAUGUGACUGUAUAUUAAUCGGUACUGUAUCUGGCUGGUCUAGAUAAAAAGACAACAAACAAAAAAGACAUAUAUAAGUAUAUUAAAAAACAUUUGGUGUAUGUGUACUAACUAUGUAAAGUAAGUAAGUCAUAUGUCACAUGACUUUUUACAAAGCAUUUGGGUGUUGGCUGCAAGUUUUUACAUUAAAAACCUGUGUCAUCACACCUCGCCCUAUUUAGUAUGUCAAAGUUUGGACCAUUUAUCCCCCUCGCGAAGGGUAUUAAAUUUUUGGUGUGGGUUAACUGUACAAGUGGUGUUUCCUUCUUGUGCUUCGGGGCCAGCGGUAUUUGUGUCCACUGCAGGAAGGGACGCACCGGUUGAGACCAUAUCAAUAUUUUAUUUGCCCGGUUACUAUUCAUAAGGCCUCGGGGAAAGCUGCACCGUGGCCGCGGAGCAGAGCUGGGGCGCAGAGCGACCAGGGACAUGAUGACUGGAGGAUGUUGACGCUGAAUUCAAAUGCAGCCAGCUGUUUCUUUACAAGGGUGCAUCAUCUGGUGCUUACCACUAGGGGGACACAACAGACAGUAUUAUGCCUCAUAAGAGUUUUCAUGACAAAAUCCAUUUUUUAAAAACCGAACAUGUCCUAUUGUCUGCGUACAACUGUAUUAAAGUGUGUUAUAAACCAUUUUAAUUGUAUUUGCACUGCACAUAAAUGCUAAACGUGGGAGAGGAUUGAUAAGUGUGACAGUGGGAGCAGAUACAAUCAGGGUAGAGGAGGGAUAUUUGUUUGCUGGUCUGGAAGCCGCCCUCUCCUCCUGAUUGCAGCUCCUUAGAACCGGCUGAGAUCAAACACAGCGGCGUGGACUUCACAGAGAUAAGUCUCACUGGAGCUUCUUCAAUCCUCUUGACUCUGCGAUUUGCAUCCUCAGUGGCAGAGAGGAUUGAGUCGAAGAACGGGGUCAUCGCUUUUUUUUUCUUUCCAUCUCCUGUUUACCAGUUUCCAGCCAAAUCGGUUCUACUUUUUUUUCCAGCAAGGAGAAGACUUCACUUCAGGGUGUAAACUCUCGGCUGCGUCCGUUCAUCCAUCUCCUCAUUAAAUGCUGAUGCUUUCUGCUCUGGAAAUGCGCUGCUGACCAUUUCUCACAGCAGGAGAGGUACUUCUGCCUGCUCCUAUCUGUAACCAUCAUUCAACACAAAAUCUGCUUAGGUAGGAGGAGGCUGAGACAUCACCCAGGCUAUGGAAUUGGCCCAGACAGCCAAACUAGUGAACACUGGGGAUGGAGCAGAGUGUGUUGUGUCUCAUCAGCAGUUCUGAGUAACUGAAAAAAAUAAAUGUGCCUUGACUGGGUGUGUGUUGGGGUUUUUUCCACUAAAGAUCCCAUUAUAUGUUUAAAUCGCAGAUAUACCGUGUGUGUUUGAAAUCUUCAACGUGAACCUGGUUUUAAUGUGUAUAAAAUGUAAGGUCUGAUUCACACUAUCACCAUU